UGUGUACAGUUAGCUACAUCUUCAAUCUCUUUCUCCCUCUCUCUUUCUCAUACACUUGAAACACAUGCACGACAGCCAUGUCAACACUGAACCAUCAUUUCGAUCUUCCAGAACAGAUAUGUUACGUAGAAUGUGGAUUCUGUACCACAAUAUUAAUGGUAAGCGUCCCAUGCAGCAGUUUAUCAACGGUGGCGACAGUCAGAUGCGGCCACUGCACAAGCCUUCUCUCUGUUAAUAUGAACAAAACUUCCUUUUUCCCUUUCCACCUUCUUGCUUCUCUUUCUCCUGUUGAGCCAAAGGGUGCAGACAAGCCUUUGAAGAAGUAUAGUUCAUCCAUAGUAACCUAUUAUGAUUGUGAGGAAGAGAAGACGCCUCAAACUUCCAGCGUUGUGAAUAAACCCCCAGAGAAGAGACAGAGGACACCAUCUGCUUAUAACCGCUUCAUCAAAGAAGAGAUUAAAAGGCUAAAAGCUGAAAACCCUAAAAUGGCCCACAGAGAAGCUUUCAGCACUGCGGCAAAAAAUUGGGCCAAUUUCCCCCCUUCAAACUGCAAAGGAGAAGCAGACAGCUGUAAAAUUCUGCAUCUAGAGUCUCCCAAUGCUUCCCAGGUCAACAAAGAAGGCCAAGGUUUCCGUGGAAGAAAGGUUCCGAGGAAUUCUGUCUAAUCAAGGACACCUUUCGAGUGAAGGCUCAGCACACAUCACAACAAUCUGUUUUCUGUCUUAACACUGAAGUUGUCACUGCAUCGAAUGAAAACGAGUUGAGUACUCUAGAUAGCUAACAAUUUGAAACCUGAAACUUCAAUUUUGUUUUCACACUCGCUUUACACCUGUGCUAUCUCUCUUACUUUCCCAUUGCGUAUCUUAUUGUGACUUUACAUUUAACUCAUUUACAUGGGUGUAAAUGAUGGAGUAUACUUCCCAAAAGAGUGUGAAUGAUAAAACAUUCAUUAUGUUUGAGACUUUAACCUUUAGAAAGUGUCUUGUAGUACUGAUUGAUAGUUUUGACUC